AUGGCGCAUUUCAUAUCCCAUACACCUUAUUUGUCUCUGCUCAUCAUAUUUCUAACCACCACCAUCCUGUCCCUCAAUCAUCCACAAAAGGCCGACAGCAUGGCCACAGUCGUCCCGCGUCAUCGUUGUCUCAACGGACAACCUUGGUCCUCACCUUUCAAAGUCUUUUUGCUCCAGGGCACCACCAAUCCAACCGCAUCAGCCCCUCGUCGGACAUUUGCCACCACGACCGACGAUGUCCCAACAACAAAGCCACGGGUGCGAGCCACUACAUUCGCAGACAAACUCAACGCCGGUCCUUCAUUUUCAGAUUUUGUGUCUGGCAGAGACGAGCCUUUAGAUCCGUCCGAAGCCUAUGCCCUCAAGACCGCGCUGGUAGGGCCGGAAGGCAAGAAGAAACAAAUUACCCGGUUGCCUUCGUGGCUCAAGACCUCGAUUCCCGACAGCGCAAAUUAUAAAAAGAUCAAGAAUGACCUUCGAGGUCUCAAUCUGCACACUGUCUGCGAGGAAGCCCGGUGUCCCAACAUCUCCGAAUGCUGGGGCGGAAGCAGCAAGUCCGCCGCAACGGCGACGAUCAUGCUGAUGGGCGACACCUGCACACGAGGUUGUCGCUUUUGCAGCGUGAAGACAUCCAAGACACCCCCACCGUUGGAUCCGCACGAGCCCGAACAUACCGCUGAGGCAUUGUCACGUUGGGGACUGGGUUACGUGGUUAUGACGGUCGUGGACCGAGAUGAUCUGCCGGACGGCGGUGCGCACCAUCUCGCCGAGACAAUUCGAAAAGUCAAGGCAAAAGCACCGUCUAUAUUGGUGGAAUGCUUGACAGGAGAUUACCAAGGCGACCUGGAAAUGGUCAAGCUGGUCGCUACGUCUGGUCUGGACGUUUAUGCGCACAACGUGGAAACCACCGAGGCACUCACCUCACAGGUUCGAGAUCGUCGUGCAAACUUCAGACAAUCCCUGAGCGUCCUUCAAGCCGCCAAAAAGGCCAAGCCGGAUUUGAUCACAAAGACGUCCAUGAUGCUCGGACUGGGGGAGACGGAGGAGGACGUGUGGGCUGCGCUGCGAGAUCUGCGCGCUAAUAGCGUUGAUGUGGUCACCUUUGGCCAGUACAUGCGGCCGACAAAGAGACACAUGGCCGUACACGAGUAUGUCACUCCAGACGUGUUUGAGCAAUGGAGAGUCAGGGCGCUUGAGAUGGGCUUCCUCUACGUCGCAAGUGGUCCAUUAGUUCGAAGCAGCUACAAGGCUGGUGAGGCCUUUAUCGAAAACGUCUUGAAGAAGAGGCGAGCUGGUCGAGCAGAGACCGCGACGGCAGAUAUCGCGGGCGAUAUACCCGUGAACAGUAUCGAGCUGGGCAAGGCUUGAUUUUAACCAGCUGUUGACCGUUUUAUGUUGGAUUCGGCGUUUGGCUAUUGCCCUGGAUGUACGAAAUGGCUCGUGUAUAGCAGUUCUCCUUCAUCGGUGGAAGAUAAGAGAUCAGAAUGAAAUAUUUUCAUCGUCAUUGUCAACCAAUGGCUAGACUAGA